AUGAUGAAGAUGGUGAGUUUAAGGGUGGUUAUUGGUAGUUGGUUGUUGGUGAUGGUGGUUGUGGUUGUGGAUACGGUGGUGGUAUUGGCAGUGGACUGUAUAACCGUGGCCGCUCUCUUAUCUACUUGCUCUGAGUUUGUCAACAACGAGACAAAAUACCCGUAUUUAGGGUCCAGUUGUUGCAAAGCCAUGACUACUCUUGGUUAUUUUGCUUACAAUGACAUUGAUAGACACGCUUUAUGCUUUUGCUUCAUUGUUGUUAUCAAUGCCACCUACACCCCAGACGCAGCUAAUGCCUUUUGUACUUUACCUGGUUUUUGUGGUGUCUCGCUUGGCUUUCUCACUGAUCCCACCACCGAAUGCGGCUAG